AUGCGACGCUGCUCUUUGUUGUUGGUUGUGUUGUUGAAGGUGAUUCUGCCUGUUGUUUUGUUUUCGUGUCUUUUUCUUUUCUCUUCUCUUUUCUUUUCUCCUCUUUCAACUACGAGUCCAGCCAAACCAGCCAUGGCUCCCGAGCAGCUGGACCGCGAAGAGACGAGACGCCUCUUGGACACCAUCACGAGCCUCGACGACCUGUGCGUCCUCUUUGUCAACACGCCCCAAAUCAUCGUCGUUGGAGACCAGGGCUGCGGCAAAAGCUCCGUCCUCGAGGCCAUCUCGCGCGUCCACCUGCUCAUCGGCGAUGGCGUCUGCACGCGGUUUCCCAUCGAGCUGGUGCUGCGGAGAGCGCCGAGAGAGCGCACCUACUUGGAGAUCUUGUUCGACACCAAAUCGCUGGAUGUCGGUGGCAGAAGCUUUUCGCGGACUCGCGAGCCAUUCAGCCAGACCGGCUUUCCCCGGAGCGAGCUGCCGGCCAUCAUCAACAGGGCAAAGGAGCACAUGGGCCUUGAGGAUGGAAAGACGACCGGCUUCUCCAGAGACGUGCUGCUCGUGGAAAUCGAAGGCCCAGACGUGCCUUCAGUGACGCUGGUCGACUUGCCCGGCGUCUUCCAUCCCGGCUUCUCAUCGCAGCUCCGUGACUGGAAGCCGGUUGUCGAUGACUUGGUCGACAGCUACAUGAGGCGGCCAGACAGCAUCAUCCUCACCGUUGUAUCAGCAGACGUUCCUCUAUCCGCACACGCCGUCUUGAACAAGGCUGCGAGAUUCGACACAGAUGGAGAGCGCACCAUUGGAGUCAUCACCAAGCCUGAUCUUUGCCCAAGCGCGAAUAUAGAAGAUCAAUACCUCAGGCUUGCGAGGGGACUAGAAACCAACCACCACCUGCCGCUGGGUUGGCAUGUUUUGCGAAAUCGUGGGCCCAAGCAGCCAGAAGUUGACUUUGACGAGAGAGACUCUGACGAAGAUGUUUUUCUCACAACAGGGACGGGGAAGUGGUGGAGGCUUCCUUCAAGCAGAAUAGGAGUCGACAGCCUUCGAAAGAAUGUGGCGGAAACUCUUCUCAGGCACAUCAAAAGCAAACUGCCAGAUCUCAUCGAAGAAGUCGAGUACGAGCUACAGACUCGCCAGGCGCGCCUCAAAGCCAUAGGAGCCUCCAGGACAAACACCAACGAAAUGCGAGAGUACUUGCUCCGCGUAUCGGCAACCUUCCACAGACUGGCAGAGCAUGCUGUCGAGGGACGAUACAACGAUCCAUUCUUUGCCAGUGCAACCGUCCAGGAGACGAGCAAGAUCAAGUUCAGGAAACUGAGGGCCCUGCUUCGAAACUUGAAUCGAGCCUUUGAUCUCACCAUGAAGCGCAAAGGGGCCAGGUACAAAAUCGAGUGGGAGCAAGAUCAACAGCAAACCGGCAGCGGCGUGAGCGCAGAAGAGCAACUUGCCAGUUACAUGGCCGAGGCUGAGGCUCCAGACUAUCUCCAGCCUUUCCUCGAGUUGUACGACUUCCCAGACCCGACGCCAAAGUCCGAGGCCACGGUCAACUCCAGAAUCGAGCGAAUAGCGUCGGGCAGCCAAGGCGUUGAAUUUCCCGGGCUGCCAAAUAGCGAUCUCAUUAUGCAGCUUUUCCGUGAUCUAUCCGAGCCGUGGCGGCGUAUUGCCGAACGCCAUGUCGACAUUGUUGUCGAGAGAACAAGGCUAUUUGUAUACCACUUGUUUGACUACAUCUUGGAAGACGACAAGAGAACUCGAGACGCAAUCCUGGCCGAAUACGUCGACCCUACUUUUGAAACCACUACCGAGACGCUGAAGAGCAAACUGGACGAGAUUUUGCGUCCCUACACCUCGGGGCACGGCCUCCCGCUUGAUUUGGAGUUUCGAACGGGGCUCUCGAAGCGCAAGCUUAACCGUAUCGCAACUCAGAUUGCUGAUCUCCUGAAGGAGAAUCAGAACUCUGUUACAUACAACACGACGUCGUAUAGGCUCUUGAAGUAUGAAGAUGUUCGCAAUAUUGUGGUUGAAGCGAAUGGCAUGACUCUAAGCAGCGACUUUGGGACGGAUGUCGUUAUUGACAUGAUGUUGACGCAUUACGAGGCGAGCCUGAAAACAUUCACAGACAACGUCAUCCACCUCGUCAUCGAAAACUGCCUUGUUUCCGACCUGUCCGACAUCUUCUCCACAAAGAUUGUAACGCAGAUGAGCGACGACAUACUAAGAAGCGUUGCUGAAGAGUCUGGCAAAACGAAGGAGGAGCGGAUCGAGCUGGCGGAUGAUAUUGUCAAGCUGACACUCGGACUGCAAGAGUGCCGCCGCUCAAGGCCGAGAAACUUUUCAGAUGUGAAGCCUGUGUUUGGUUCUCAGAGUCCUCCAAAGCCGGCUGUUGGUCCUGUAUCCGGAUCUACUACGGCAUCUGUCGCUCCCGUUACGGCAUUUGGCUCGGCGGCAACAUCUUCGCAGGCUCCCGUCCCUAAGCCGUCCCUGUUUGGUGCCGCCACGACAACUUCGCCGACUCCUGCCCCUAAAACAUCAAUUUUUGGUACGACUAAAGCAUCUUCGCAGGACACUGUUCCUACAACGUCCCUUUUUGCUGCAGCAACAGCAACGACUUCUAAAGCUUCUGUUCCUGCACAAUCUCUUUUUGGUACCAACACAGCGUCCUCUUCACCGACUCCUGCUCCCAAAUCGACACUAUUUGGUGCGGCAACAACAACUUCUCAAACUUCUGCUCCUAAACCAUCUCUUUUUAGUACAACUGCUGCAUCUUCACAGACUCCUUCUCCUAAACCGUCCCCCCUAUUUGCUACUGCUCCUAAGCCGUCCCUGUUUGCUGGAGUAACAACAUCUUCACAGGCUCCGGCUGCCAAGCCGUCCCUGUUUGGCACAACCACAACAUCGACGACGACUACGACUACGACAACAACAAAGACGACAGAAACGACUUCAGAAACGACAUCGGAAUCAUCGAAUUCUACGCCGUCCAAGACACCGUCGAAUGAUGGCUUGGUUGGAUCGGCUGCUGCACCGCCGCCUCAGUCAUCGCUAUUUGGCACUGCCAAAUCUUCGUCGUCUUCAAAUGAGAAAACUUAG